AUUAUUUAUUUUAUUACUUUUUUACUAGGCUCAUUCUCUCUUCUCUUUACAGUUCACAAGUCAUCAAACAGUGUCAGUUUCAUGUCAGAUUAGAUGAUAGCAUAUAAUGCAAAGCUCCCAAUAGAGAGAGAAGUGUGCAGAAAUACUGUUGGAGUUCAGUGAGAGAAAAUGGGGUAAGAGGUAUUCCUUGCAGCUGAGUGGUACUAUCACAGCUGCUAACCACAACCCAUUACCAGUUUUUCGUUGUUUUGGUGUUUUUGAUCCAAAUGGAGCAGAAAAUAUCGAUUUUUUUGCAGUUUUAGCCGAUACCCAUUUGCUUAAAAUCAAUGCUUUGCUUUCACUUCAAUGGUGGCUUUGCUUGCCUUUUUAACAAACCCAUCACUGGAUUCAUUCAUCGGGUCUCAAUUUUGGGUACUUGAAGGCUCAUUGAAAUAAAUAAAGGAGUAGCAAUUACUACAUUAUUGGAUCUGUUAUAUUGAACUGGUUGAAGGAACUCUUAUAUACAUGAGCAAAAAGUCUAGCUUUGCAUAUAAUUUGGUGGCAAAAAUCUGUUGAAGUUAUAUUCUGGCCUGGAUCCAGUAUCUUGGCCUUUUGUACAGGUACAAGGACCAUCCUCAUAUAAGGUCAAGACCAUAUCUGUGGUUGGUCUUAGCUGGAGUCAUGGGAACCUUAUUACACUCAGAGUCCAGACGCUUAUAUUCUUGGUGGUGGGACAGCCACAUUAGCCCCAAGAAUUCUAAAUGGCUUCAAGAAAACCUUACAGACAUGGAUGCCAAAGUCAAAUCAAUGAUCAAGCUCAUUGAAGAAGAUGCAGAUUCCUUUGCAAGGAGGGCAGAAAUGUAUUAUAAGAAACGUCCAGAGCUUAUGAAGCUGGUUGAAGAGUUUUAUCGAGCUUAUCGUGCAUUAGCAGAGAGGUAUGACCAUGCAACUGUGGAGCUGCGCCAUGCCCAUCGAACCAUGCAAGAAGCAUUUCCCAACCAACUACCUUAUGCUCUUGGUGAUGAAUCACAGUCAAACUCUUCCGCAGGUCCUGAGGUUGAACCCCAUACACCAGAAAUGCCACAUCCAAUUCGUGCUUUACUUGAUCCAGAUGACUUGCAUAAAGAUGCAUUGGGACUCUCUUCAACCAACUUGUUUACAUUGAAAAGCAAUGGUGGAAAUUUGGAAGAUUCGGACUUGGGGAUAAACAAAAGGGGUCUGAAACAGCUGCACGAGAUGUUUAAUUCAGGAGGAGCAGCAACAGAAAGCCCAAAGGUUGGAGACAAAAAGACGAAAAAGGGUCAAAUGUUAUCUGUAGCUGAAGAGAGUGGACAAAAUUUUGAUUGUGUUUCGCAGAUAUCAAAUGGGAACCAGAAGCUGAAAAACCAGGUCCUAUUUGAGUCUGAACGUGCAUCAAAAGCUGAAACGGAGGUUCAAAGUUUAAAGAAAACAUUGGCAAAGGUGCAAGCUGAAAAGGAUACUCUCCUUUUUCAAUAUCAGCAAAAUGUAGAGAAGUUAUCUAAUAUGGAUAGAGAACUUAAGCAUGCACAACAAGAUGCUGGCCUGCUAGAUGAACGAGCAACCAAAGCUGAAAUUGAAAUAAAUAUAUUGAAGGAAUCCCUUUCAGAACUGGAAACUGAGAGAGAUGCUGGUCUUCUUCAAUUCAAUCAGUGUUUAGAGAAGAUAUCUAGCCUGGAGGAUCUGUUAUCUCAAGCCCAAGAGGAAGGAAAGGGACAAAGUGAGCGAGCUCAAAGGGCAGAAGCUGAAUGUCAGAAUCUCAAUCAAGAACUUUGUAGAUUAGAGGCUGAGAAAGAAGCUGGGCUUGUUCAGUACAAAUAUUGUCUUGAGAAAAUAUCUAUUUUGGAAUCUAAACUGUCACUUGCUGAAGAAAAUGCCAGAUUACUUAAUGAGCAAAUUGAAAGAGCAGAAGCUGAAGUUGAAGCACUAAAGAAAGCUGUCGCUGGGCUGAAUGAAGAGAAAGAAGCUGCAGCACUUCAGUACAAGCAGUGCAUGGAGAUAAUUGCUAUGAUGGAAGCUGAAAUUUCUCAAGCUCAAGCUAAUGUAGAACGUCUGAAUAAUGAAAUUCUGAUGGGGGCUGCUAGACUAAAAAGUGCUGAAGAACAGUGUGUUCAGUUGGAGACAUCGAAUCAAACUCUGCAGUCAGAAGCAGAUGAUUUGUUGCAGAAAAUAUCUAGGAAAGAUCAACAACUUACAGAAAAAAAUGAUGAAUUGAAUAAAUUUCAGACCCUUAUGCAAGAGGAACACUCAAAGUUUCUGCAAGUUGAAGCAACCCUCCAAGCUCUGCAGAAGUUGCAUUCUGAAUCUCAAGAGGACCAGAGAGCCUUGGCGUUGGAUCUUAAGAAUGGGCUCCAAAUGUUGAAUGAUCUGGAGGUACGGAAACGUAGCAUGGAAGACGAAAUGGAACGAGUUAAAGAAGAAAACAGGAAUCUCUCUGAUCUCAACCUUUCAAGCAACUUAUCACAGCAGAAUCUACAAGAAGAAAUAUUUAGCUUGAAGGAGAUGAAACAGAAACUUGAACAGGAGGUUGCACGAAAGGAGGACCAAAGUGACUCUCUCCAGCAGGAAAUUGGGCAUUUAAAUGGGGAACUAAAGAGCUUGACAAGUAGAUACCAAGUAAUAUUGAAGCAAGUGGAUUCAGUUGGUUUAAAUCCUGAAACCCUUGAGAGAUCUGUGAAGGACUUGCAAGAAGAGAACUUGAAGCUGAAUGAGAUCUGCAAAAGAGACAGAGACGAGAAAGAAGCCCUUUAUGAGAAGAUGAGGGAUAUGGGUAAACUUUCAACAGAGAAUGCUCAUCUGCAAGGCUCCCUGUCUGGAUUGAAUCUUGAGUUGGAGGAUUUAAGAGACAAGGUCAUGAAAUUGCAAGAAUCCUCCAACUUUCUCCAGGGAGAAAAAUCAACUCUGGUUGCUGAAAAAGCUGCUCUUCUGUCACAAUUACAGAUUGUCACUGAGAAUAUGCAGAGGCUCUCAGAGAAGAACACCUUGCUGGAGAAUUCCCUCUCUGGUGCAAAACUGGAACUUGAAGAGUUAAGACUAAAAUCGAAGAGCUUGGAAGAAAUGUGCCAGAUGCUCAACAAUGAGAAGUCCAAUCUUCUGAACGAAAGAAGCACCCUGGUGUCUCAAUUGGAAAAUGUUGAAAAGAGACUGGGAAAGCUGGAGAAGAGGUUUUCAAAAUUAGAAGAGAAAUAUACUGACCUGGAGAAGGAUAAAGAAUCCACAGUGCAUCAGGUGGAAGAACUCCGCAGUUCCCUUCUUGUAGAAAAGCAAGAACAUUCAAGUUAUAUGCAGUCAACUGAGGCUCGAUUGGCGGGUUUGCAGUAUGAUGUGCAUAUCUUACAGGAAGAAAGCAGAUUGGGAAAGAAAGAAUUUGAAGAAGAACUAGACAGAGCUGUAAAUGCCCAGAUCGAGAUCUUCAUCCUGCAGAAGUUUAUUGAAGAUUUGGAGGAAAAGAAUUUUUGUCUGCUCCUUGAAUGUCAGAAACAUGUUGAGGCAUCCAAGUUUUCUGAUAAACUCAUCUCAGAACUGGAGAGUGAAAACCUUGAGCAGCAGGUGGAAGCAGAGUUCCUGGUAAGUGAAAUUGAAAAGUUGAAAUUGGGGAUUAAACUGGUGCUUAAGGCUCUCCAGAUUGAGCCAGAUCAUGGAAAUGACAAGAAAUUUGAUCAAGAGCACGUAUCAGUGCGGUGUAUUCUGGAUAAUAUUCGCAACUUAAAAAGUUCUAUUUCAAGAAGCGAGGACGAGGAGCAACGAUUGUUGGUUGAAAACUCUGUGGUUUCAACAUUUCUGCAGCAAUUCAGAGACUCUGUUGUGGAGCUUGAAUCGGAAAAACAGACCCUUGAGCAGGUGAUUGGAGCUAUAAGAGGUCAAAGUAACAAGUUGCAAAAUGAUAAGCAAGAGCUUCUAGAUAUGAAUGCGAAGCUGAGGCUUGAAGUGAGCAAGAAAGAGCACCAGGAGGAAGUAUUAAAGGUUGAAUUAGGAACUCUGCAUGUGAAGAUGGAAAAUCUUGAGGGAGCUUACUUCAGUUUACGGGAACAAAAUUCCAAGGUUCUAGAAGAGAAUAGAUCUUUGCUUAAGAAACUUUUGGACCUUAAGGAGGAAAAGGACUUCCUUGCAGAGGAAAGUGAUGUUAUUCUUCACGAAGCAAUAUCUCUGAACAUUCUCUCAUUGGUUUUGGAGAGCUUUACAGUUGAAAAAGCCACAGAACUAAAAGAGCUUUCUGAGAAUCUGAACUCACUCUGUAAGGUUAACAAUGAUAUCAGGGAGGAAAGUAGAAUGCUGAGGCAGAAAUUGGAGAAUAAAGAAGCAGAAAAUGCACAUUUAAGCGAGUCGGUUGAAAUGCUGGGCAAGGAGUUUCAUGAAGGAAGAGACUUGAAUGAUCAACUAAGCCUUCAACUUUUGACUGAAAAGGAUUUCCUAGAACAGAAGACAGCAGAGCUCUCAGAAACAGAACAGAAUCUAAAGGUUACUGAGGACCUGAAUGUGAAAUUAUCCAAGACUGUUGAGGAACUGAAGAUGGAAUGUGAAGAGUUAAAAUUCAACAGAGAUAUUCUUGCAGAAAAGAUUCUUGAAGUAACUGAAGACAGUUGUAAUCAGAAAAAGGAAAUCGAGAACCUUCGUGGAGUGAAUGAAACUUUAGAAGUUAAGAUGGGAAUGUUAUGUAAAGAAAUUGAAGAAUGCAGGAUCAAAGAAGAAAAUUUAAGUUCAGAGUUGCAAGAGAAAAGCAAUGAUUUUGAACUUUGGGAAGCAGAGGCUGCAUCCUUUUAUUUUGAUCUCCAGAUUUCUGCUGUUCGUGAAGUUUUGCUUGAAAAUAAGGUACAUGAGCUUAUUGAAGUUUGUGACAAUCUUGAAAAUGAAAGUUCUGCCAAAAGCUUGGAGAUUGAUCAAAUUAAAAACAAAGUAAACUUCCUGGAAAGCCAAGUUGGAUGUCUGGAGGCCAAGUUGACUGCAUAUGUUCCAGCCAUAGCUUCUUUGAGGGAGAAUGUAACAUCUCUUGAGCACAGUGCUCAGCUCAAAACGAAGCUUCUAGCCGUAGGCAAUCAUGCACAAAAGGGUGUGAAAACAAAUCAUCUUUGUGAAGAGAGCUGUGAAGAGAUCAAAGAAGACAAGACUGUUGAGAUCCCGGAUGGGCUUCUGGAUCUGCAAGAAAUGCAGGAUUCUAUUAAAGCAGUUGAGAGGGCAACGGUAGAAGAAAUGGAAAAGCUUUCAACUGAAGCAGUUGAAAAGGCCAUGGAAGAGGAAGUGGAAAGACUUGCCGUGCAGGACUCCCUGAACAACCACAUCAGGGCAGCAGCGGAAAGUGAAGAAGCUGAGGAGCUAAGAUUGAGUGGCGUAACGAUGAAAGAGGAAGACAAUACAAAUGAAAAGACAAAGAGAAAUAAUGUGUCGUUUGGUAACAAUGCCAAGAAAUCUAAAGCCGAAAAUGGGAUAUUGAUGAAAGACAUUCAGCUUGAUCAAGUGUCAGAUUCUUCAUUGUACGGAAGAAGUAGGAGAAAGAAUGGUGAGACUGAUGAACAGAUGCUUGAAUUAUGGGAAACUACAGAAAAAGACUGCAGCCAGGACAAACCUAUUGCUCUAAACCUUGCAUCUGAACCAAGUCAGGCUGUCACCAGACGCCGUUCAUAUAGAGAGCAAAAAUUCAGAAAUUCUACUUCCAAGGCACAGGUUGAGAAGGAGCUUGGCAUUGACAAAAUGGAGUUAUCUUUUGACAGAUUGCAAAACCAAGAAAAUAACAGGGGAAAGAUCUUGGAGAGACUUGUGUCUGAUUCUCAGAAGUUAACAAAUCUACAAAGAAGUGUCCAAGAUUUGAAAAAGAAGAUGGAGAUAAACAAGAGAAGCAACAAAGUCAACUAUGCAGAAUUCGAAAUGGUCCAAAGACAGUUACUGGAAGUUGAGGAGGCUGUUGUGCAGCUAGGUGAUGUCAAUGAUCAACUGACAAGAGACGUGGAAGAAGAGAGUCCCUCAUCUUUUGAUGGGAAGAAUUCAGUGGAGUCAGAAGAGGUUGGACAUGUCCAGCGGAAGAGAGUAACUGAACAAGCACGAAAAGGAGCAGAAAAGAUUGGACAGCUGCAGUUCGAGGUGCAAAACAUCCAGUACAUUUUGCUGAAACUAGAGGAUGAACACAAGACCAAAGGGAAGACCAAUAGAUUUGCUGAAAGUAAAACUGGGGUUCUCCUAAGGGACUUCAUUUACAGUAGUAAGAAAACUCGUCAACGGCGGAAGAAGGGUUGUUUUUGUGGCUGCUCAAGACCUUCAACUCGCGAAGACUGAGGUGACUUGUUAGAAGGAAAGCAUAUUUUUACAAGUUUUUUUUUUUUUGAUUUUUUUCCUUCCUUUUGAUUAGUUAAUGAAGAAACCAUAUUUGUCAGCUUAGAUUGUAUCUGUAUGAAUUAGUCUCCUGAUCUAAUCAAUAAGCUGCUUUGUCCAGAACAUGAACACUAAAACUAUCCUAAUAACUAUGAACAUAUCUAUCUUAAAUGUUAAACAAAA